AUGAAUUUUACCAACGCUACACAGAUUAGAAACGUAACUCCAAAUGUUUGGUGCGAAGGGUACAGCUCAGUUUUCUUAUCAGAUGAUGCUGGCAGAGCAAAUUUAAUUGCUUUUUGUUCCGUCUCUUUAAUAUUUUGUACCGUCAGUACUCUGCUAAAUGGAUAUUACAUGUUUAUCGUGGUUUCUAGUAAAACGUUAAGAAGAAAAACAAACAAAUUAUAUAUACUUUUAUCGUUUUCCGACCUAACUUCUGCUUUCACUCUUAUACCAAUAUAUUACAUACUUUUGCGUGGAUUUGUUAAGAGAGAACCUGCUUGUUUCAUUAUUCCCUUAUGGAGUUUAAUUGGGUACACAUUCACGGUAAUGUCCUUAACAACGAUUGGAUUUAUAACAGUGGAGAUCUAUCUAGCAGUGUUUAAGCCUUUCCAGUAUAAAUAUGUGACAAAGAAAAGAAUACUACUUGUCGCUGUUUUAAUUAUUUGGAUUCCGUCAAUUUUAUGCCCACUUUUGUCGAUUUAUAUUUAUCCGAGUUUGAGAACAAUUAUUUUGCGUUUGGCUCCGGCAUAUGGCCUGUGCGUGUUUAUUGCCAUGGUGAUAUGUCAAAAAAAGAUUUACAAUAUACCAUCCAUAGUGACGAUAUUUACAAAUCUCUUCUACAGAUCACUUAUAACAGACACUUACAUAAACCGCUGGUGUCAUUUUGUUGUGUUAUCAAACUCAUUAUGGGAUACGUUUAUAUAUGGCUUUCGUUCUCCAGAUGUGAAGAAAAGGGUUUCUGGUAUGUUCUCCAAGAAAAGGAGUGUUGUUGUGUUUGGCAAUGAAAAUGCUAAAGUAAAUAAUGUGGCGAACAGUCUAUCGUAA